GAACGCAGGUUUUCUCCGUGUUCUUAAACUGCCACGCCAAUUCCAUCUCGUAUUUGAAUAAUACAACGAUUUAUAGCUGACUAAAAGCAGUGAUUUUAACGCAGAGAUACAAAGGAGAUCAUAUCUGCUUUAAACGCCCAUCGUUUAGUUUAACGACGGAAAAUGAAAUCGAUGCCGGCGCGCCAUAGAGGAGUCCGGUUCGGUUAGAGAAGUGAUCAUAGCACCUUCAUGUUUGCUGGCAUGGGUUGCGUGCACUGUAAACGGUCACCCUUCAAACCCGGUGGCCUAAAAUCGAGAAGCUCACCAGAACGAAAAACGUAUUCAUGGGACAAAAGAGGCAACGUAAACGCAGAAGACUACACCGUUGAGAAUGCCAAAGGUGCCACGAUUGUGAAGUACCCGGGUCGCGUCCGCGGUCAGCAGUUCAUCAUUCAGAACUGCGAGGACUCGACCAUCUAUGUCCUGUACCAUGUGAACACAGUUACCAUCGAUGAUUGCAUCAACUGCAACAUCAUUCUGGGGCCUACAAAAGGCAGCGUGUUCCUGAGGAAGUGCAGGGACUGCCGACUGGCAACGGCCUGCCAGCAGCUACGCGCUCGCGACUGCUGCCACCUGGACCUCUUCCUGAGCUGUGCCACUCAGCCGUCCAUCGAGUCCUGCUCCGAGAUGCGCUUCGGCUGCCUCUGCCUCACAUACAACCAGCUGGAGGCUGACCUCAAGAGUGCGAACCUGAGCGCUUUCAACAACAGCUGGAGUGAAAUUCACGACUUCACCCCGAGUGAGACGGGAUGCAACUGGUCUUUACUCCCACAGGAUGUCCGGAUGGAGGACUUCCUGCCGGUUCCAUCCACGGAGCACAUGGAGCACUCCCCUUCGAUGCAGCUGAGUCUGGACCCUUCCGACAGCGACGUUCCCAGGACUGCCGGCCCACACUGUCAGCUGGGAAAGCAGAGAUGCCUGGUUGUCUUCUUCUCGGACGGGCAGUCGUCGCAGAGGGCGCUGUACUUCGUGCACGAGAUGGAGAAGACGCCGAACAUCCUGGUGCAAACCAAAGAGGUGACGCUUGACAAAGCCACGGCAGAAAAGAUCUUCCGAACCAGUUCCUACAACGCGGUCAUUGGGAGCGGUCCUGUGAUAGCUCUGGAGUACACGGGAGAUGCCUGCCUCAGCUCGUGCCAGGAGGUGGCCAAAGCCAUAGCCACGGAAACUGGCUCCACCGGAUUGGUCUACGUCUCGAGCCAGGCCAACUCGGCUUUGCGUCAGAUUGAAGCGGUUUUUGGAGCUGCCACUUCACGGGGUAUCCAAUAGGCCUGCGUUGUUGGUUUUUGCCACCAUUACUAGAUCGUCUCAGUUGUGGAACUCUCAUGGAGGGGAAUAUCUCCCUCUCCCCCUCAGGUCUGCCACCUGUCGUCUGGAGCACCAUCUGUGGGCUGCGUUUCAAAACUGUGUGUUUCACAGAGUACAGUGAGGCACCGUCUUGAAGCUGUGCUUCAAAAUCUGUGUAUUCCAUGGAGUACAUUGUAGUUACCGUAGCAGCUGUCCCCAGAACGGUGUUGCGUCGAACGGCAGGAGGUGGAAUUUUGGGGAAG